GGUGAACCGACCGACGGCGAAAGCGGGAGCCCCGAGCAUCUGUUGAAGAUCACAGGUUCGCUCGACAGAUCAGUCGAUAAAUCGGCCUCCCUCCCUCCCCAUCCAUGUGUGUUGCUUUCGUGCAUGUUGCAGGCAGGCAGGCAAGCAUGGCCAUGGUGAGCAUGAGCAACGACACCAAGCCGCUUCUCCGCUUCCCCUCCGGAGCCUACCACACGCUGUCUCGGGAGGGAUAUGGGGACGUGGCGACAGAGGACCACACAGUCAAGCUCGACAUUUUCUACUUCCUCGACGGCUUCGGCAAGGACAAGGCGGUGCGAGAGCAGCGGGGUGUGGCGUGCCGUGUGGGAGACAGGACUGGGUGGCUGCGGGAGGCGGUGCUGUCGAUGCGGGUUGGGGAGGUCAGGCAAAUCGUCCUGGGGGUGCUCUUUGUCGAGGUGCACUUGCUCGCCAUCCUGUGAGUGAGCGAGCCAGCGACCGAUCAGCGAGCGAGGGAGCAAGCGACUUCUUGCGUGGCUGCAUCUAUGCGUGAUUGCAAUGCAUGGACGCAGAUUGACGACCGUCUGUCUGCACGGGGCAAGCAGGACUAGCUUAUAGUUUGGAUGGCGGUUUUGUGUGGGGUCACGCUUUUGUUGAGAUCAGCGAGAGGGAGGGAGGGAGGCAUGUCUGCGUCAGUAUCAUGCUUAAUCGUUGCCCCUGUUGACUCGCUUCCUCGUCUGUCUGUCUGUCUCUCUGUGCCGCAUGCCCUGGGGGAUGGCUGGGUGGCCAUGAGUCCAUCGGUGGCUUGUCUGUCGCCGUGCGUUCAUACACAGGCAUAGGGGC